AUGUCAUUAUCCCUGAUCACAGAAUCGUUGAUUCAAUUAUUUAAUGAUUAUUCAGUAUCGAGUAAUUCUGAAUGCAACGAGCUAGAUCGAGAUAAAUGUAAUAAAAAAUUAAUGGGUUUAAAAGUGCAAAAAUAUUCAAAUAUUACUUUGAUUAUUUCACUGUUUUUAAUUUGUCUGGUUUUACCAUUUUAUCAUAAACUAACUUUAACCAAUUCAUUCUUCAAAGUACAGCAUAUUAUAAGACAUCAUCUGCUCUACAAACAUUUUAACUGGCUCAUACACCAUACGUUAUUCUAUCAUAAUCAAUCUCUACAGAUAUGUCUUUUUUGGUCAAUUUUAAUCUCUUUUAUCACUAUCUAUAAUACAAAUUGGGAUUUUAAAGAAAUUACAAAAAGAUGUGGCAGAAUUUCAGUCUCAUUAUUGCCGAUUGUUUUAAUGUUGUCCCUAAGGCCUUCACCAUUGCCUAAAAAACUAAAUCUACUAUAUUUAUCCCUUUUACCAUUGCAUAAAUGGAUUUCAAGAAUUUUGAUAUUUCAAGCUACUUUACAUUCUGCUCUUUAUACUUGGUGGUAUUAUGAAAAUGGUAAAUUAAAACUAAAAUUAUUAAAAUUAACGAACAUUUAUGGUAUACUAGCAUUAUUAUUAUUCGUCAUUAUUGGAUUCACUUCAAUAAGAAAAUUUAGAAGGUUCAACUUUAAAUUAUUUUAUUAUAUUCAUUACAUUUCAACUUGGUUGACAAUUUUAUUACUUUAUUUACAUUCCAAACCGGGCAUCCCUUAUUAUGCAUUAUCAUGUGUCUCAAUCCUACUAUUCCAAAUUGUUUAUAGAUUAAGACAUACAAAAUUAACAAAAGUUUCAAUUGUCUGUAUUUCUCCUUGCAUAUCAUUAUUAGAAUUUCCCGCUGAAGCUUUAUCAAAUAAACCAAUUCUGCCUGCUGCUCAUGUAAGAAUUAAUUUAAAAAGCAAAAAUGUUUGGAAAAGAUGGAUUAAUCAUAUCAUACCUUUCCAGCAUCCUUUCACUGUGGCAAACUUACCAAAUGAGGACACAGUUCAAUUAAUUAUUAGAAAUGGUAAUACAUUACCACUGAUAACAAAUGGAGAUUAUUAUAUAACUGGUGUUUUUGAACCAAUGAUCGAUUUUAUAACGAAACCGUGUACUCUGACUGAAGAAUCACUUCAUAAUUUCCAUUUCCAGGUUAAGUCAUUGCCAUUAUUGAACUCGCCGUUACGUUAUCAAAUUAACGCUAGAAGAGUAUUCAUGUGUGUGGGUGGAUCCGCCAUUUCAUUUGCAUUGCCAGUUUUAAGAAUCUUGAACUUCAAUGGUGUUCAUGUAAGAUUAAUUUGGGUAACAAGAGACUAUCGGGAUUUGAAAUUAUUAAAUCAUUUCAGGAAUAAUUUUGAAGGUUUGGAGGUUUUCGUUAGUGGUGAAAAUUCUAUUGAAUAUAUUGAACAUGAAACCCUAACAUCUUUGGACUCAGCAUCUCCUAACUCUUACUUAGAUGAACCACCAUUAAACUCGAAAUCAAAAUUACUUUCAGGGUUCAAUUCGCCAGCUACUUAUGGUUCAACAGUCGAUCAAAGUGAUGAAAUCGAUUUCACCCAAACCUUUACUGUAAAGAAAUUAAAGUCAAAGUCAAAAUUAUCCGCAGAACUAAGGACUGCUACAAAUUCUUCCACUGAUAAUAUUAGUGCUUUUAGAAAGCCUUCGAUAAUUGAACCACCAAAUGCUUUUGGUACUGAUAAUAUUUCAGUAAAUUACAAUUCAACUUUAGAUACAAUUUCUCCUCCCUACACUGAAUCUAAACCAAAGAUUAAGAUUCCAGCUGGUAUAAAGGUUUCAUUUGGUAGGCCGUUACUAGAUAACAGUCAUUAUACAUGGUGUUUAGAGAAAGAAUGUAUUGGUCCAUCAGAAACAAACCAAUGUUAUAACUCUGAUAACAAGGAUGACACACAUGUAGAUGAUCUAGCUAGUGUUUGGGUUGUUGCGGCAGGUCCUGAAAGCUUGGUAGAAAAUACUAAAAGAUGGGCAAAAGACGGUGGCUUGCAUUUUUACGAAGAAAGCUUUGCUGUUUAA